GGCAGAGCAGUCCAAGGUGGCACGGGCAGUCGCUUCGCGGGUCUCGCCCAAUCACCACCUCACCCUGCGGCCGACCCACAAAGCAACAGAGCUGAUUUUUCCACUUCACCUUAAUAUCAAAGUUUUCGCCGGCGAUACAAUGCUUCAUUGGAAAGUCUGUCGCCGCUCGUGGAGCCAAGUGCUGCUUUUCGUUCUGCUUUCUUUAAAUGGAUUUCUGUGCCAAAACCAGCAGCAGCAGUACCCGGCGCAGCAGGGCUCUUCAGGGGCCACCCAAGGAGCACCACCUGCCUUGCCGGGAGUGCAGCAGCAGCCCCCUGGGGGUGGGCAGGUCGUCAGACGGAGCAGAGGCGGCUUUCGGGAGUGGCGCCGAGGCGAUCCCUCGCUUGUGCACAACCUUUGGAAGAGCAGAACGCCCCUAGGUAAUGCUGAGGUGUACAUCGUGCUGGCCCUUUUGAUCGGCUUUGUGACCGUGGUGAUAGGGUGUUGGCUGAGCGACAACUGCUGGUCACCGGAGCCGGAGCACCGUCGGUUCGUGCCGCGGGCGUAGCGGCGGCGUCUGGCCAGGCGGCUUUUCCUGCCUGGCCCGCCGGGGCCUCCCAUAAUCCCGCCACCGCCACUCGGGAUGCCGCCGCGGCACCCGUCCUCGGAGACGGACGAACUCACCCCCAACACACCACCUGACUGCGUUUUGCUGCACGUGUGAGGGACACAGACAGACUGAAAGCUUUAAAUUGUGAAAAACACUUUUACCAACUAAAUCAAGCCAAGUAACUAUAUUAAAAAUGCUAAACACUCUCCUUUUGAAAAACUACUAAAAACCGCUAUGGUUGUGAUUAAAAAGCUCAAUUACUAAUGUAGCAGCGAACCAAUCAAAAAGUUGAUUGCUCUCACUUAAGUAAAUGGAGUGGCCGUCGAGAGAGAUAUUCAAUUGAUCGCUGAGGGCUAAGUUUUGUGUGUAUGCAAGAAGUACGUUGAGAUUUUUGUGACUGGAAUUAUUGGUAGUGUAAAAAAAAAUGUGAAAAAAUCAAAUCAACCAUUGAUGACCAACUCCAGUUGAUUUUUUAAUUUUAUUUCUGAAAGUUGACAAAAUUAUAUGACCGAUGUCAAAAUUGUGAUCAAAAAUGUUCAAACCCAAAGAUUUUAACAAAGGUUCACGUUUUCCAGCCAAGGAGUAGCAUUUGUCCUCUUUUUUGUCCUCAUAAAGCAAUAAUUACACUAUUACUGUACAUUUGUUUUGACCCUGAUCUCAUGUUAAAACGAAUUUAGAAAAAAAAACAAACACAGUUCUACGCUUAAAAUUCCGAACUUCUUAUCACAAUUUUGACGUUGGUCAUCAUCAUUGUCUUAUACUAAUUAGAAAAAAAAUCUGGAAAUAAUAAAUGCCGUUUUUGUCGAUUAAUUUAAAAUUGCUUUAACCAAAUUUAGUUUGCAAUGUUCAAGCAACUUCUUUUUUUUUCAAUUUUACAUCCUUCUUGCCAUUAGUUCAAAAUGUGUUCAAAAUUUUUGUUAAUUAACAUCUGCAUUGAAGACGAAUGCAACCCGCUUGACACUACUGACGUACAAGUAGCAUAACUUUAAAUAUUUUCAGAUGGAAUAUAUCCGCGUGUUCAAUUUAAAAACCCAGAAUUGUUUUCUUUCCAAAGUCUUUAGAUUAAUACUAUUAAACGACCAGUCAUUUUACCUCUGUUUAUUUCUCAACUUUUAUUUUCCAUCAAAUAUUUUGAAUUUUAAUGCUUGACGUGUAUAUAUUUAUAACAACGAAUUUAACGGCUGUCUCGUUCUUUGCUGUUUGUGUAAUAGCGAGAUUUGGACAAAGUUUCCCAUCCAUGUUGAUGUGCACUCCGCAAAGUGCACUCCCUUGUCUUGCAAUAAUUAAUUGUGCAAAAUGGAGUGUCUAAUGUAAUGCGGUGUGCCUGUUAUCGCAGAGAAGCGCAAAGCAAGGCAGCGAAAAGACGAAGAAGCGGAUCCGCCGCAAAAUUUGCAUUAAAGUGGUUUGUGGCGCACAAUGAUAGUGGUGUACAUAAAUACAGUUUACUGCUCUUAAUCUCACUAAACAGUGUUCUACGUAGGGUAAUAACUCUUUGAUGGGUUUGCUCUGUUGCUUGAAUAAUAGCAAAUUAAAAUUGCAUUUAAUUGUCAGGCAGCCGUUGUGACAGUUUGACUGACCUUCUUUAAUUUGUGACCAAUUUUCGGUCACACUUAAAACAUAAUAUUAUGUAAAUUUUUUCAUUUUUUACUUUUAAUUUUUUUUUAUGAAUUAAUUAUUUGUAUUCAUACCAUUGUUAUCGUUUGCAACUCUUAUAAAUUGAAAAAAUUGACAUCACCAUAAAAAUAUCACCAAUUUUAUGAUUACAAACAUAUUAGAAUAUAGGACAUUUAAAAAGAAAUUGUAAUAAAAUACAGGAACAAAUACAGUUCCAUUUUCAAUUUCAUUAGGCAAUUAAAAUAUAAAAAGUAAUAUUCAUGCUUUUGAUGUGAAUUUUAGUGCUCACCGCUCAGCAGCUUUUAUACAGUUGUUUAGGGUUAAGCAUGCAAUUUUCGCAAUUUUCCACUAUCUCAUUUUAUGAUUCGUAACAAGAUAAUAAUAAUAUGGUACCAACAAAAAUUUGUAAUAAAUAAUAAUAUUCAAAAUUUAUAAAGACAUUAAAACAACUUAUAAAUUAUACAAUAGAGAUUCAUAUAAACAAUCACAAUCAAUAAAAAAAAGAUUUGAAUAUUAAUGUCUCUCUGCUCUCUGCAGAUUAAUUAUUCAAAGAUUUGACAUGCAGAGAGUUAAUUAUAAUUUUUCACUAAAUUAUAAAAUCAGGCACUUACUUCAAUUUCUCUUCACAGUCAUCUAAUCAUAAAAAUGUAAAAAAAUACAGUGUCAAUUUUGCUAUGAUUAAAAAUGUUUACCACUUAUACAGCUAGUAUGUCAUUUGUGUGCUGGGAAAUAUUUUAAGCAAAAAAGAGCAAAAAUAAAAGAAA